ACCCGCGGCCGCCCGGUGCCUUCCCGCCGGGCGCGGCAUGGCGGGGCCCGUGGACUGUCAGUGCCACCUGGCCGCGGCCUGCUUCCAGCCGGACGUGGCGGCCGUGGUGCGGGCGGCGGAGCAGGCGGCCGUGUCGGCGCUGGUGGUGGUGUCGGAGCAGGCGGGCGAGUUCCGGAGCGUCGUGGAGCUGUCCGACAGAUUUCCAGGAUUUGUCUUGCCAUGCCUGGGAGUUCACCCCGUUCAAGAGAUUUCUCCAGAGGAGCAACGCAGUGUUACUUUGAAGGAUCUGGACGCUGCGCUGCCUCUUAUAGAACUUUACAAAGACAAAUUGGUGGGGAUUGGAGAAGUUGGACUAGAUUUCACUCCCAGAUUUGCCAGCACCGAUGAACAGAAGGAAGGACAAAGACAGGUUUUGAUCAAGCAGAUUGAGCUGGCAAGAAGACUGGAUUUGCCAUUAAAUGUUCAUUCUCGCUCAGCUGGAAGACCAACCAUUAAUCUCUUGAAGGAACAAGGUGCUACCAAGGUGUUGCUCCAUGCCUUUGAUGGGAAGCCGUCUGUAGCCAUGGAAGGGGUGAGAGCUGGAUACUACUUCUCCAUUCCUCCUUCCAUUAUAAGGAGUGAACAGAAGCAGAAGCUAGUGAAACAGCUGCCACUGGAAAAUAUGUGCUUGGAAACUGAUUCUCCUGCACUGGGGCCUGAAAAACACGUGAGAAAUGAACCCAAGAAUAUUUACAUUGCUGCUGAAUACAUUGCCAAAAUUAAAGGAAUUCCAGUUGGAGAAGUUAUAGAAGUGACUACACAGAAUGCACUAAAAGUAUUCCCUAAACUUCAGCACUUUAUUCGGAUAUAGAUUCAGAAACUGAAAUAUAUGAUGUUGCAGAAAGUAUUACUUGUGGUGUAAUUAAUAAAACCAACAUCUUGUGUUAAAGUGGAGUUUCACAUAAGUUCGAGAAGCAAGGAGUGUUAUAUAGCUGGAUAGGAUGAAAAUAGGGAAUUUCUCAAAGGCCUUUGGUGUGCACCGUAAUAAUCUCGUGAAUGUGAUAAAGACACACGUUGUUCCUUUGCAUCUCUCAUGUCUCUAAACAAAUAAUUUGUAAAGGAGAGCACCAUAAAAUUGUCAGUUUAGUUUCUCAGACUGCUUGCCUGCUGCUCCUGUUGUGGGAGAUGGCCACUGUACUGUGCUUGAUGUCCCCUUCACUCCUUGUUUCUGCUGACUGAGUCACAAGUUGUGGAUCCAGUCAUGAUAAGAAAGCUCCUGUUAAAACUGGCAGACUGCACAUCCCUUUCUGAGCCAUUAAAAAACCCAGCUGGAUGGACAUUCUCUGUAUUCUGUGCUGGCUGGACUCUGAGUGCUGCAGAAGCAGCAUCUUUUCAAAAUACAGUUGGAAGGAAAGAAUUACAGCCCUUCUGCUCCUGUCCUUUCCCAUGUAUAGAGUAAUAGUUGCUAAGAUCUUGGCUGCUUUAAGAUGGAUUUUCUUGGAUUUUUAAAA